GCAUGAGGCCGCCCCGUGAUGAGCUCCAAGGCCAAGCGGGUGCUGCCCACCCGCCCUGAGCCCCCCAGCGUGGAGCAGAUCCUGGCCGACGUGCGGGGCACCCACCCGGCCGACCCCGUCUUCCUCCUCCCCGCGGAGCCCCGCCGGGACCACCGCCCCUCCCCAGGCUCCCCCGGCCCCACCAGGCAGGAGGCCGCCGCGGAGGAGAGGGAGCGGCUGUACCGGCAGAGCCGUUCCUACGUGGAGAUGAAUCAGCGGCUGCAGGAGUCCCGGGAGCGGCUGCGGGAGCGGCGCGAGGAGCUGCGGCGGGCGGGAGCGGCGCUGGAGCGCGGCAUUUCGGAAAUGAGGCAGAAAGCUUUCUGA